AUUAACUGUUAGCUCAACCUUCACACCAGUUUAACCCUAGCAACCUCACAUUCAUUAUUUCUCUCCACCUUGCAGCGAACUAUAAAGCUGGACGAAGUUCGGGAGGUUUUCUUUCAAUCCGGCUCCCUGCUUACUACCUUUCUCCGCAGCCACCUUCCUUCAACACGACGCCGCUCACCUAAGUGAAGAUCAGGAUCAAAGAUCAGUCAGCUGCACGCACGCCGCAAGUAGGACGUUAGCUGGGUUUCAAAAAUCAAAUCGAUACCGUCCUAGUGAACCCGCUACUGGCGAUUGGCUUCAAGGUGCCUGCGCUCAUAGCUUGCAUCGCUACAUCAUGGAUGAGCUAGUUGCCCAGUUUACCGGUAUAACCGGUACCACUCCCCAGCGUGCUACCCAAUAUCUCAGACUUACCGAUGGGAACCUCGAGCAAGCCAUGCAGCUCUUUUUCGAGAGCGAUGGCCUGGACCUCGAGGGAUCCGAAAACCCAUCUACGUCAGCAACUGGAUCUGGUGCACAGUCCGGCGGAACUCGGGAGACGGGAUCAUCGUAUCGAACCGACGAGAACGGUGUAAUAAACAUAGAUUCAGACGACGAAGACCGGAGGCCUGAACGAACACAAAGCGGUCGUCACAUUAGUGCCAACUUCGAAGACGAUGAAGCCAUGGCUCGUCGUUUGCAGGAAGAGCUCUUUUCCGGAGGCGAUAUGACAGGUGGCGCCGAUGCGGAUGGAAUUCGCGCGCCUAUGGCAAGGACUACGGAGACAUUGGUUGGCCCGGACGCCGAUUGGGGGAGUGAUCCUACAGAUAUGCGGGCUGCCGUUGAAGAGCAAAUGCUUGCAAGGAGAAGACCGCAAGGUCGACCUGGAAUCUUCAAUCAGCGAGCAACUGCGACAUCGGUUUGGGGGCAAGGUGCAGAUUCCAGCGCCCGCCGACAAAACCUCGCAGAAGCUACAGCAGGGGCUUCGGAAACCUCCUCAAAGUCUAGUCUUUUAGCUGAAAUGUACCGACCGCCGUUUGAGCUCAUGUACCGGUUACCCUGGGAUGACGCUCGACAAGAGGGACGGGAAAGCGAAAAAUGGAUACUUGUAAAUGUUCAGGAUCCCGCCAUAUUUGACUGUCAGAUUCUCAAUCGGGACCUUUGGAAGAAUGAUAGUAUCCGGGAUACUGUCAAGGAGAAUUUCAUCUUCUUACAAUACAGCAAGGAUGACCCUCGAGGGACUCCAUACGUGCAAUAUUACUUCCAGGCCCGUGAUGUCCAGGAAGCUUAUCCCCACAUCGCUAUCGUGGACCCUCGGACGGGAGAGCAAAUGAAAGUCUGGUCUGGUCCUCCAGCACCAAAGGCAAUGGAUUUUCUUAUGCAAUUGCACGAGUUUCUCGACAGAUACAGCCUCAAAGCUAAUGUACGAAACCCAGUGGCUACGCGCAAACCGGAGAAGAAGGCUAUGGACGUGGACAGAAUGACCGAGGAAGAGAUGCUACAGAUGGCGAUGCAGAAUAGCCUGGCGAACCAGCCAACAGAAGGAAUGAGAGAACCAGACCCGGAUGACCUCACUAGAGGCCAUGAGGAGGAAGGGAGCAAAGGAAAAGGUCGGGCUGCAGAUGCGAUGUCGAUCGAUGAGCGGCAGACAGGAAAUGUUCCGUCCAACGAGUCCGUUUUCUCGCGUAUUGCUUCCGAUAAACCUCACACUGAGCCGGGCCCUGAUCCGACGAGCACGACGCGCAUCCAAUUUCGCCACCCCGGCGGUCGUAUCAUCCGCCGAUUUGCCCUUGGUGAUCCAGUGCGCCGACUUUUCGAGUGGCUCAAAGCGGAUCCAAUUGAAGGCAAGGAUGGUGUCGAGUUUGACCUCGUGUGUAUUGGUAAGAACCUUUUAGAGGUGCUUGACCACACCGUAGAGGAAGCGGGUCUGAAGAAUGCCACUGUCAUGGUGGAGUUCAUUGAGGGUUGAUGAUGCAUUCUGAUGCUAUUCCGAUCUAUAUCAUUGUUUAACUUAGAGACAGAUUCAACUUUAUCUACGUAUCAAUAAGACGAUAAUCUUACAUUAGCAAUGUUUUAACUAUUCUGAUC